AUGGCGGACGGAAUUGACAGACGCGCUGAAGAGCGGAUGGAGUUCAAUACUUCCAAGGAGGUCACGGUGGCGCCGACCUUUGAGGACAUGCACCUGAAAGAGAGUCUUCUGCGCGGUAUUUACGCCUAUGGCUACGAGUCUCCGUCGGCCGUGCAGUCGCGCGCGAUCGUUCAGGUCUGCAAAGGCCGGGAUACCAUUGCGCAGGCUCAGUCCGGUACCGGUAAAACUGCUACAUUUGCGAUCAGUACUCUCCAGGUCAUCGACACCGUUGUGCGGGAAACUCAAGCCCUGGUCCUGUCUCCCACUCGUGAACUUGCGACUCAGAUUCAAUCCGUGAUCAUGGCCCUGGGCGACUACAUGAAUGUCCAGUGCCACGCGUGUAUAGGAGGUACGAACAUUGGCGAAGAUAUCCGCAAGCUGGAUUACGGUCAGCACGUUGUGUCGGGCACGCCUGGCCGUGUCGCCGAUAUGAUCCGCCGACGGAACCUGCGCACCCGGCAUAUCAAGAUGCUCGUUCUGGAUGAAGCCGAUGAGCUCCUGAAUCGGGGCUUCCGUGAGCAGAUCUACGAUGUCUACCGCUACUUGCCACCAGCGACGCAGGUGGUGGUGGUUUCGGCUACGCUCCCGUACGAUGUUUUGGACAUGACCACCAAGUUCAUGACGGACCCCGUACGCGUUCUUGUGAAACGCGACGAGUUGACGCUCGAGGGAAUCAAGCAGUACUUUAUUGCAGUGGAGAAGGAAGAGUGGAAGUUUGAUACGCUCUGCGAUCUUUACGACACCCUGACUAUCACCCAGGCAGUCAUCUUCUGCAACACUCGUCGCAAGGUCGACUGGCUUACGGACAAGAUGCGCGAGGCCAACUUUACAGUUUCCAGCAUGCAUGGUGAGAUGCCGCAGAAAGAGCGCGACAGCAUUAUGCAGGACUUCCGUCAGGGUAACUCCCGUGUCCUCAUUUCUACGGACGUGUGGGCCCGUGGUAUCGAUGUCCAGCAGGUGUCGCUUGUCAUCAACUACGACCUGCCCACUAAUCGUGAGAACUACAUUCACCGUAUUGGUCGAAGUGGUCGGUUCGGCCGCAAGGGUGUGGCGAUUAACUUUGUUACGAGCGACGACGUGCGCAUCCUCCGCGACAUCGAGUUGUACUACUCGACCCAGAUUGACGAAAUGCCGAUGAAUGUCGCGGAUCUCCUCUCAUAA